AUGGUGGACCACUCUAACACGACCAUCUCAUCAACCAGGCUCGAAGAGAACCGAACCCAUGAAACUGCCUGCUACAGUCUGCUGUGCAAUUCUCCUGACCAUCCUGAUUCUCUCCGGUCUCAUCCUCCUCCUUAUCUACCUCAGCAACCGUCCACACUCACCAUACUUCGACAUCUCAGCAGCAACCUUAAACACCGCGAACCUCGACAUGGGCUACUCUCUAAACGGAGACCUCGCCGUCGUGGUGAACUUCACAAACCCAAGCAAGAAAAGCGACGUGGACUUCAGCUACAUCAUGUUCGAGCUCUUUUUCUACAACACGCUCAUAGCGACAGAGCACAUCGAGCCGUUCAUUGUUCCAAAGGGGAUGUCGAUGUUCACGAGCUUCCAUCUAGUGAGCAGUCAGGUCACUAUUGA